GGCCAGCUCUCUCCUCUUCUUCCCUCAUCAAAACGGUGCGUUUUACUCAAGUGAUCAGAGGCAAAAACGGCACGGCUGCUAACAGAAAGACAGGAGCAAGAUCAAAAUCCUUUUCCAAGGGUUUAACUCUGCAGACUAAACCCUAACUCCACUUCACUCACUCCAAUCAUGAAGCUUCUAAUUCAAUCAAUUCUUGGUUACCGGAGUCCACUGCUUAAACGGUUAGGACGCCAUUACUCCGCCGCCGCCUCCUCAACCGCAGAAUACGAUAAACGGAAUUACGCUAGUAACUUAUCAGAGUAUAAUACAGUGGUUGGCUCUCUCAUUGCACAACGCAGGCAUUUUCUAUUGAGAGAAGUGUACGAUGAUAUGAUGCUGGAUGGAGUACAGCCAAGUAGAGAGACAUUUUAUUCUUUAAUUGUUGGGACUUUGAAAGGAGCUCGCUUGAGUGAUGCCUUUUUCUUUAGAGAUCAAAUGAAAGCUAUGGGUUUGCUUCCUGAUGUAGCUUUAUACAACUUUUUGAUCUCAACAUGUGGGAAAUGCAAGAAUUCUGACCAGGCAGUACAGAUAUUGGAAGAAAUGAAGAUUAAUGAAGUGAAGCCAAAUGGACAAACCUAUGUUUGUCUGCUUAAUGCAUGUGCAGCAGCUGGUCGAUUAGAUCGAGUGUAUGACAUUUCUUUCUUGGUCUAUCUCAGUUCUUUUCCCAUUUCAAUGACUGGUGCUGGUUUGAACAAGUUCUGCUAUGCAGGACUGAUUGCUGCACAUAUGAACAAGAAACCACUAUCAGAUGAUACUGCUAAGAGAAUAAUCGAGUUGGUUGAGCAGUCAAAAGGAUGGUCAUCUGUUGAAUCAUCAAAUUACAAUGCUGAAAAUGUGAUGAUGGGUAUCUCUGAAGAGGAAUUGUACAAUUUACCAACCGCUGACUAUGCUCAUAGGCGUGGAGCAUUUAUAAUUAAGCCACUAACUGUAUAUCAUGCCGCAUUUCAUGCUUGUGCAGAACUUAGGAAUGUUGAGGCCAUACAAACUCUUUUAGAAAUGCUCAAGAAGGAUGGAAAUUCUCCAGAUGUCUUCAUUACGAUGCAAGUUAUGAGGUGCUAUCUACAUUCUGGAGACAUUGAUAGUGGUCUUAAAAUUUUUGAAGAAUACAUGAAAUCUGGGAAGAUUUCUGGAAUCGAACUAUACACGACACUAGUAGAAGGAGCUAUGGUAGGGUAUACUCCCAAGGGAAUGCAACUUGCUCAAGAUACGCUGGUAAUGAUGGGUUCCAGAAACUUAUCAUUGGGUCUGAGACAAGGAAACGAUCUCCUCCUUAUGGCAGCUGGUGAAAAGACUGGUGGAUAUACAACUGCUAAUUAUAUAUGGGACCUCAUGCGAGCUCGCAAAUUUACCCCUUCAUUACAAGCAGUGGAAGCAUAUUACAAUGGGCUAAAAGAACGUGAAAUACCGGAAGAUGAUCCACGACUGUUGGAAGUUUCUCGUAUUUAUGACAACUUACGCGUAAGGUUCGGAGGAGGUAGAGCAGGACGGCAAUAAUUGUUAAGACAAUGAAUGAAUUCUCUGCAGGGUAUUUAUAUUUUACAGGAAGAACAUAUUUUCUGUAUCGAACAACGCCAUUCAGAAUGAGAACUCAACCUCAAAGAGGUGUUGGCACUGAAGGAGUGACGUAGAGAUUGGUGUUCAGUGCAUAUUGGAUCGAUGCUGUUAUGUUUAUUAACCAGUAGAAUCCAACCAAAUGGGUAUAAAGAGUAUUUUUGUAGCUGCUGUCUGUUUUCUUUCAUUUUCAACUUUUUGCCUUUUGUCAAGAUAUAGUUGGCUUAAACAGUUGUGCUUCUGGUUUAAAGUGUUACUCUGCUCCUUUUAUGAGUUAUUGAGUUAUUAAAGAGGAAUUUAGAAUAAAGGAGUGAAACCAAGGAUUGUAGAAGGAACAUGGAUCCCGUAGUUCUCUCCAUAAUCAAAAUUCUUCUGUCACUGCUAAUUAAACAUGUAUUACUCAAUCCUUAAGCAAUAGCUAUUUAAUGAUAUGGAGCCAAAAUUGCAGCCAUUGGCCAUUA